GAAAACCCAACUUUGAUGUUGAUCCAAACGCCAGCCACGACGUGAUCCGAUCACGUGGUAUUGCUCACACUUCGGCAUCGCUUGUGUCCAAGCUACUUACUUUUCUCCCGCGCCUUCGACGAGCGAAUUGCUGACGUGCAGCGCCGACACCAAUGGAUCGAAAUGCACGCCUCUUCCGAUACCGGAUUGGGAGAGACAACUCCAUUCGCCCCCUGCACGUGCGCUGACGACGACGACCCGUCAUCCACUCGAAAUGAGAUCACCCUCGGAGCAUAGGUUAUUCGCGCGCGGGAGUGCGACCGCGGCGACUCGACGAUGACAUCAGCGCUAGCUCCGUGUUUCGGGGUACUUAUACGCCCAGCUGCUAAUAGAGUGUCUUCAACUUACGCACACGUACACCACUACGAAUAUGCAAUCCACACCUAACUACAACAACAACGCUCAGGCGCAGCAGCAGCAGCAAUCCGGUAUCAAAACACAAGCCCGAUUCGAUAACUCGGGAACCGCUCAAGAUCUUCAAGGCGCCGGGAAACAUGCCCCGCAGGCGGACAACUUGGACAGAAACCAGGGUGCUCCCUACACCCAAACGCAAGCUGCACGAUUCGACAACAGCACUGGCGACAUGCAAGGGUCGCAGCGCUUCCAGGACCGAUUCGGUGGAUCCACCACCGGCACCGGCACUGGCGACGUCUCCCGGAACGACCACGGGAACAACUUCUCCACAUCGGGGACAGGCGUAGGACAGGCGCAGCAGAACCGGUUUGAUGGAUCCUCCUCAGGCUUCACCGGCGCGGAAUCACGGCGGCCCGAUCACAACGACUUCAACGACAAUUCAGGCGCCGGUCGAUCGGACGGGUCCGCUGGGGUUAUCGGGCCCGCAGGUACCGGGGAUCUGCGCCAGCACGACAAUUCCGGCGCUGGCGGCGGAUUAGGGUUCACUUCAGGUGCACAGUCCGGCAUGGCGGCGCAUCCCACGGCGAUGCACUUCGGCCCUGGGCCUGUCGACAUCACUCGUAACCGCGAGACCGCGAACGCGCGUGCACUUGACGGGCAGCAGCAGCAGCAGCAGACGGGCACCGGGGCUGGGCUCCAGCACCAUCACCACCUCCACCAACACGAAGGGGCUGUGGACUUGAGUCACUCGGACGCCGGCCAGAUGACUGGUCAGCGCUACGACCCAAGUGGAGCUGGUCAAACAGGGCUGGGAUCUGAGCAUAGGCAUGAGCAUGGAAGUGGGCGUGAUUUCGAGGGUCGGGAUGAAGGGCGGCUCGACCAGCAUCGGAAUCAGCACCACGGGGCCGGCGAUGCAGUAGCUGCUGUGACCGGGGUUGCUGGCUUGGAGGAGGUGAAGCACAAGCAUAACAUGCGGCGGGAUGUCGAGCACAACAAUAACAACAAUGAUAACUCUGGAUUCGACCAAACGCAGUCCACUCGCACACACCCGACAGGCACCGAUGCCAGUCGGAUGCAAGUUGGACAGGGCGACGGUGCUCCGUUCACAGAUCGCUCUGGCGCUGGCUCGAACGAUCACCGCACCACCGCUACUGGCGCCGUUAAGCCGACGCACCACGACAUCCACGGCGAUCGACCGGAGGCUGACCACAGCUCAUCUGCCGGUCGUGAAGACCGCCACCAUCAUCUCGGUGCUGGUGCCGCUACUGGCGCAGGUGCUGCCGGUGUUGGCGCUGGCGCAGCUGCCUUGGCCGGCCAUGGGACCGAUACGACUCGUUCCGGUGCGGGGACUGGGACUGGCUUCGGCAGCGGCACUGGGGCUGGGGCUGGUCGUGAUGACCAUCAUCAUGUUCCUGGUGCUUUCGGUGCAGGCCACACUGGAGACGCGACGUCGACUCACGAUCAUUCCACUGCACCUGGUGUCGGAUCCACCGGCACGCACGAUCGUACCACCGGCACGGGCAUGGGAUCUACCAACAAUGCCGGGACUGGCACAACAACUGGUGCAACUGGAUACGAUGCUGGAACGGGCCUAACUGGCAGCGCAACUAAUACCACCAAGUCCGGCACCUCGCUAGGCGACAAAAUCAUCGGCGUUGCAGAGAAGAUCGCGGGCAAGCUCGCUUCCAACCCUAGUCUCCAAGAACGUGGUCAGGAGCGUAAGGGUGAAUUAGAUCCCAGCACCGGCCGUUACCACUAAACAGCAUUUGCGGACAAUCGAAUGUAAAACAUAAUGUACAUUAUCUGAUCAAUCUGUACUAGUACACACAUGGAUCUAGUUCCCAUCACGGCGGAAUUCCUUCGUCUGCCAUUCGAGAUCUCAUCGU